ACCAUUAACUUUUGUGAAGGCAGAAGCUAAUGUAAGGGUAAGUUUCGUCUUGCUAUGGAGGAGUACAAAGCAGCCCUGUCGUUGGACCCCAACCAUUCUGCACAUAAUGUAAAUCUUCAUCUUGGUUUGUGUAAAGUCUUGGUGAAGCUUGGUAGGGGGAAGGAUGCUAUAUCAAGCUGUUCAGAAGCCCUUGAGCUUGAUGGAGAGCUUAUUGAUGCUCUUGUGCAGAGGGAUGAAUCCAAGCUUCUAACAGAAGAUUGGGAGGGAGCUAUUGCAGAUUUGAAAGAAGCAGCUGAAAAAUAUCCUCAGGUUUGUUGGCAAUUUUUCUCGGUGGUUCUUUUGUUUAUUUGUUAUUUCCCUGUUUAAACCUUUCUUCAUGUA